AUGGAGACCCUGGACGUCAACCAGCACCGCUUCGCUAACGUCAUCAGCGACAUCAACAAAGAACUGCAGGACAGAGGCUACCUGGCCCACGAAGAUCUGCCGGUCAACGAUAUGUCUGUGGAGAUGACCUGUCCAGUGCCCAAAGCCAAGGCCCAGCUGCGACAGCUGAUGUCAGAGAUGAGGGCACAGAACUUCAACGUAAUCAUCUUCGCCACGUACAGGACGGCCUGCAAGCUGAGGUUCAUACAGAAACAGACUCACUUAUGCCAGAUUGACAUCUGGAACAUGAUUGAAGCUUUCCGAGAGAAUGCCCUGCACACUCUAGAGCCCCAUAGUGAGAUCGACACGGCUCGCCUGGAAGCUCUCCUCUACACGGCCUUCUCCCAGCUCAACAAACGCCUGCCCCAGGUGCAGCUGGUCAACGUAGACCGUUGUGUCAGCCUGACUCUCAACUGGCUCAUGUCUGCAUAUGACAGAGAAUCUACGGGUCACAUUCAAGCAUUCGCAGUCAAGGUAGCUCUAGCACACUUGUCCUCUGGAAAGUUGGUGGAUAAACUCAGAUAUAUUUUCACCCUAAUAUCCGACUCCUAUGGCCACAUGAUCAGAUCUCGUUUCGACGAAUAUCUCCGUGACCUUCUGCUGCUUCCAGCAGCGGUCAACGAAGGGACAUCAUUCAGGUAUUCUGAGGAAGCAGCAAGAACAUUUUUUGACUCAAAUCCUGUCACUGUCAAUGACUUCCUGUCUGUGAUGAUGGCCAUCCCUGGGAGACAGUGCCUGAUGUGGCUGCCAGCUCUCAACCGGAUGGCGCAUGUGGAGAGUGUGAUUCACCCAGUCCAGUGUGAUGCCUGCCAUCGUGCCUCUAUCGCUGGUUUCCGAUACAAAUGUCGUCGUUGCUGCAACUACAACCUGUGCCAGGACUGUUUCUGGAGGGGAAAAACAUCUGGUAACCAUAGCAAUGACCAUGACAUGAAGGAGCACACAUCUUAUAGAUCAGGUUCCAAGCAAGUGGGCAGAGCCAUCAUGAAAUCGUUGGACUGUGUCCCGUCAAAAUCUGUCGGCUCACAGUUACCACACUUUCCUGAUACGCCACAGAAGACAUUGGAUCUCUCCUAUAUAAUUCCACCAACUCCUCUGCCAGUUCACAACGGCUUCAAGGAUCAUUCAAGUACACAUUCCAUGGACAUAGCCUCACUUCAGAACAGUCCACAGAGCAGGAGCAUCAGGAAAUUAACCACAAGUUCUGAAUCUUGUCGAGUGGAUGACGAACAUCGGUUGAUAGCCAGGUAUGCUGCCAGACUCGCAGCCGAUGAAAACAAAGCU